AACAUCUGGCAUCUCUGAGCUGCACAUAUUUCCCCAAAACAUCUGGCAUCUUUGAUUUUCACCGAGAUUUUAGCUGCUAAGUAAGCAACGGGGAGUCGCGUGCAGUUUCUUUUUUUGUUGUAUAUUGCAUUCGCCUCGAUACAACGUAAAGUAUCGUAAGAUACGGUAGAAUCAUGUCCAAACGACGGAUUGAAGUUAUGGAUCCCUUCAUUAAAAAACGCAGAGAGGAGAAAGGAACUCUGGAUGCAGGAGCAUCUUCCAGCAAGAGUGGUGCUAAUAAUUUAUUAGCCACUAGUUUAUCGUCGGGAAAAAUAAACCCGUUGAAUGGACAAAUGUUUUCGCAAAACUACUUUAAUCUAUACAAAAAACGUAUCACCUUGCCGGUGUUUGAAUAUCGCGCUGAUUUUAUGCGUCUUCUAGCAGAUAACCAGUGCAUUGUACUUGUCGGCGAAACUGGUUCUGGUAAAACAACCCAGAUUCCCCAAUGGUGUGUUGAUUUUGCUAGAGCAAGCAGUCACAAAGGAGUCGCCUGUACGCAACCACGAAGAGUUGCAGCGAUGUCGGUGGCUCAACGUGUUUCCGAAGAGAUGGAUGUAGUACUCGGAAGUGAAGUGGGAUAUAGUAUUCGGUUUGAAGAUUGUUCUUCUCCGCAAACUAUUCUCAAAUAUAUGACAGAUGGUAUGUUGCUCCGUGAAGGUAUGAGCGAUCCGAUGUUAGAAGCUUAUCAAGUCAUUCUUCUUGAUGAAGCUCAUGAGCGAACAUUGGCUACUGAUCUGCUCAUGGGAGUUUUAAAAGAAGUAAUUCGUCAGCGCAAAGAUCUAAAAUUAGUGAUUAUGUCAGCUACUUUAGACGCAGGCAAAUUUCAACAAUAUUUUGACAAUGCACCGCUAAUGAAUGUUCCUGGUCGAACUCACCCAGUAGAAAUAUUCUACACCCCUGAACCAGAACGGGAUUAUUUAGAAGCCGCAAUACGAACUGUUAUUCAAAUUCAUAUGUGUGAAGACAUCGAAGGAGACGUUCUCAUGUUUCUCACUGGUCAGGAGGAAAUUGAAGAAGCAUGCAAGAGAGUAAAACGAGAGAUAGAUAAUCUUGGGCCUGAGGUUGGCGAAUUAAAAUGUAUUCCAUUGUACUCUUCUUUGCCACCAAAUAUGCAGCAAAAAAUUUUUGAGCCAGCCCCACCGAAAAGAUCGAAUGGUGCAAUCGGUCGAAAAGUUGUUAUAUCCACUAAUAUUGCCGAAACAUCGUUGACCAUAGAUGGGGUGGUAUUUGUGAUUGAUCCUGGGUUUUCGAAACAAAAAGUUUAUAAUCCGCGAAUUCGCGUGGAAAGCUUACUUGUUUCUCCCAUUAGUAAAGCUUCAGCCCAACAGCGGGCUGGACGAGCAGGUCGUACUAGACCAGGGAAAUGUUUUCGACUAUACACGGAAAAGGCAUAUAAAACAGAAAUGCAGGAGAACACUUACCCGGAAAUUCUGAGAUCAAAUUUAGGAACGGUGGUUCUACAAUUAAAAAAACUUGGUAUUGACGAUUUGGUACAUUUUGAUUUCAUGGAUCCCCCAGCUCCAGAAACACUGAUGCGAGCACUUGAAUUAUUGAAUUAUUUAGCAGCUCUAGAUGAUGAUGGAAACCUCACCGACCUUGGAGCAGUUAUGGCUGAAUUUCCUUUGGAUCCCCAGUUAGCCAAAAUGUUAAUCGCUAGUUGUAACCACAACUGUUCGAAUGAAAUCCUAUCGAUAACUGCAAUGCUGUCUGUCCCGCAGUGUUUCGUACGCCCGAACGAGAUGAAAAAGGCCGCAGACGAUGCUAAGAAACGUUUCGCCCACCUCGACGGCGACCAUUUAACGCUCUUAAACGUAUACCAUGCCUUUAAACAAAAUAAUGAGGAUCCUAGUUGGUGCUACGACAAUUUUAUCAACUAUCGCUCGUUGAAGUCAGCUGAUAAUGUACGCCAGCAGCUAUCUCGAAUAAUGGAUCGAUUUAAUUUGAAGCGAACAAGUACUGACUUCAAUACGACCAACUACUAUUUCAACAUUAGGAAAGCAUUAGUUCAGGGAUUUUUUAUGCAGGUAGCAUACUUGGAGCAAACGAAACACUACGUCACCAUAAAAGAUAAUCAAAUAGUUCAGUUGCAUCCAUCUACUUGUCUGGGCCAUAGGCCAAAUUGGGUUAUGUACAACGAAUUUGUGUUAACCACUAAAAAUUACAUUCGUACGGUUACGGAUGUUAAACCGGAAUGGUUACUCCUCAUUGCACCACAAUACUACGACAUGAACAAUUUUCCAGAAUGUGAGGCAAAACGACAGUUGGAAGUGAUAGGGGCUAAACUUGAAUCAAAGCAGUAUCAGCAGGGUUUCUAACAUAGUUUCUAGAAAAGCUUUAUUUUACCCUGUUGUACCUUUUUUUCUCAUUCUGGUUAAUUUUGUAUUUAGAUGAUCCGAAUUUCUCAGAAAUUAUAUUUCAAGCCGUUUCUUUCAACAAAAAUACUGCAUACACUGGAUGGAUAUACAUAUAUGCUUAAAAUACGUAAAUUACUGUUGAGAAUAAAGGUAUCAGUUUAAUGCAAAAUAA